UAGAAACCGAAUGAAGCUAGAUCUACUGUCAUCUAUUAUGACAAUCCGCUCAGGUUUAAAACGCGAAGGAAAGUGUUGCAAUAAUUACAUCUUGCCAAAUUCUGUAGUCCAGAUAGAAAUAGGAACGAAAGAAGUGUACUUAAAAUCAGAAGGUGUAGAGGAAACCGACUCACGCGCAGUUGGGACGGUUAUAGUUUUGGUGAUUUGGCUCUCGCGGCGAAUACGUAAUAAUGGACAACGAAAAGUGCCGUUUACUAAUUCAAUUGUAUAGCGAUAAAGAAUUUUUGUGGAACAGCAAAUCCACCCAAUACCACAAUAAAUCGCUGAGGUAUGAUGCGUGGGUAGAAAUCAGUAAGAAAAUGGAUAUACCUAUUCCUGACUUGAAAAAGAAAAUGACUACACUUUUGGCGUCCUACAGAAGAGAAAAAUCUAGAAUAGCUAAAAGUUGUCGUACUGGUUCUGCCACAAAUGAAGUUUACGUUUCGAAGUGGUUUGCUUUCGAUGACUUUAAUUUCAUGAGGGAUAAAGAUCUACCCAAUGAAACAUUGGACACAAUGUCUGAAAAUUCGGCAACAGCACAAAUUGCACAAAAUAAUGAUACAGGACCAAUUACACCUUCUGCUAUGGAACAAGAAAUAGAACCACCAAGUGACAUUAUGAACGCUCCAGAUAGUCUGAGAGUAAAGAAAAAGAAAAAGGCAAACGCUGAAGAAGAUUCCCCUAUGCUGAAAAAAGCAUUUCAGGUUCUCACUGAAUCCGCUGCAUCAUCUGCUGACUCAUAUUUUUCUUACGGCCAGCACAUUGCUAAUGAGCUCCGUAAAUAUGAUUCACGCACUUUAACAUACGUGAAGCAAGCUAUUAACAGUGUAAUAUUUGAAGCUGACUUAGGAAAAUAUUCUAGUUAUGGGUGUUGUACCCAAAAUUCACAGUCACACUACACCUCAACGCCGUCUCCUCAGGCCUCGACUCCGUCUUCUCAGAUUCCAGACACUACUCCUACUGCUGAACGUGAACCAACGCCAUUGCCUAUGGACGAUUUUUUCCCCUAA